CUCCACCGUAACCAAGCCCUCCUCACAGUCCCGCCGCAUCUUCGCUCUCAGCUGGCCCGGCCCCGCCUCUGCGCUCUAAGGCCACACCGCUAUCCCGGCCCCGCUCCCAGAAUGUCCGUCAAUCCGCUCCGGUUCCGCCCCGCCCUCCUCUCUCCGUUCCCUCACGCCGUCCUCGGCGCGGCCCGUUGUUAUGACGACAUGGUCGUAAAUCCGCCAUCUUCCUGCGGCGCGUUGCGACAUGGAGGGCGCGAUGGCAGUGCGGGUGACGGCCGCUCAUACGGCAGAAGCCCCGGCCGAAGCCGGGCGAGAAGCGGGCGAGGGUGCGGUUGCGGCGGUGGCGGCGGCCUUGGCCCCCAGCGGCUUCCUCGGCCUCCCGGCGCCCUUCAGCGAGGAAGAUGAGGACGAUGUGCACAGAUGCGGCCGCUGCCAGGCGGAGUUCACCGCCUUGGAGGAUUUUGUUCAGCACAAGAUUCAGAAGGCCUGCCAGCGGGCCCCUCAGGAGGCCCUGCCUGCCACUCCUGCCACCACAGCGUUGCUGGGCCAGGAGGUGGUGCCGGCAGCCCCAGGCCCAGAGGAGCCCCUCACUGUGGCCCACAUCGUAGUGGAGGCAGCCUCCCUGGCAGCAGAUAUCAGCCACGCACCUGACCUUGUUGGUGGUGGGCACAUCAAAGAGGUCAUCGUGGGUGCUGAGGCGGAGCCGGGUGACAGUGAGAUGGCCGAGGCCCCGGGCAGCCCCCACCAGCAGGGACUGGGGCUCGCAGGGGAGGGUGAGCCGGCCCAGGUGAAGCUACUGGUGAACAAGGAUGGCCGCUAUGUGUGUGCACUGUGUCACAAGACCUUCAAGACGGGCAGCAUCCUCAAGGCCCACAUGGUCACUCACAGCAGCCGUAAGGACCACGAGUGCAAGCUCUGUGGGGCCUCCUUCCGCACCAAGGGCUCACUCAUCCGGCACCACCGGCGGCAUACGGAUGAGCGCCCCUACAAGUGCUCCAAGUGUGGGAAGAGCUUCCGGGAGUCGGGCGCACUGACCCGGCACCUCAAGUCUCUCACCCCCUGCACGGAGAAAAUCCGCUUCAGUGUGAGCAAGGAUGUGGCUGUCAGCAAAGAGGACGCGCCUGCAGGGUCUGGAGCUGGAGCUGCCACCUUGGGGACAGUCACAUCAUCAGUGACAGGCGAGCCCAUAGAGACUUCACCUGUGAUUCACCUGGUGACAGAUGCCAAGGGCACCGUCAUCCACGAAGUCCACGUCCAGAUGCAGGAGCUGCCCCUGGGCAUGAAAACCCUGGCCCCAGAGCCCCCCGUCUCCCAGGAGCUCCCCUGCUCCAGCGAGGGCAGCCGAGAGAACCUGCUGCACCAGGCCAUGCAGAACUCCGGCAUCGCCCUUGAGCGCGCCGCUGGGGAGGAGGGUGCCCUGGAGCCAGCCCCUGCUGCUGGGUCCAGUCCCCAGCCCCUGGCAGAGGCAGCCCCGCAGCUGCCGGUACUGGAAGUGCAGCCGCUAGAGACACAGGUGGCCAGCGAGGCCUCAGCGGUGCCCAGGACCCACCCAUGUCCUCAGUGCAGUGAGACCUUCCCGACAGCAGCCACCCUGGAGGCCCACAAGAGGGGCCACACCGGGCCGAGGCCGUUCGCCUGCAUGCAGUGUGGCAAGGCCUUCCCCAAGGCCUACCUGCUCAAGAAGCACCAGGAGGUGCACGUGCGUGAGCGCCGCUUCCGCUGUGGCGACUGCGGGAAGCUCUACAAGACCAUCGCCCAUGUUCGCGGCCACCGGCGCGUCCACUCAGAUGAGCGGCCAUACCCUUGUCCCGAGUGUGGCAAGCGCUACAAGACUAAGAACGCACAGCAGGUGCACUUCCGGACACAUCUGGAGGAGAAGCCGCAUGUGUGCCAGUUCUGCAGCCGUGGCUUCCGAGAGAAGGGCUCGCUGGUGCGGCAUGUGCGCCACCACACAGGCGAGAAGCCAUUCAAGUGCUACAGGUGCGGCCGUGGCUUCGCUGAGCACGGCACGCUGAACCGGCACCUGCGCACCAAAGGGGGCUGCCUGCUGGAGGUGGAGGAGUUGCUGGUGUCCGAGGAGAGCCCCGCAGCAGCCACCACCGUCCUCGCGGAGGACCCGCACACAGUGUUGGUGGAGUUCUCGUCUGUGGUAGCCGACACCCAGGAGUAUAUCAUUGAGGCCACUGCGGAUGAUGCGGAGACCAGUGAGGCCACGGAGAUCAUCGAGGGCACCCAGACGGAGGUGGACAGCCACAUCAUGAAGGUGGUGCAGCAGAUUGUGCACCAGGCCAGCGCCGGCCACCAGAUCAUUGUGCAGAAUGUCACCAUGGAUGAGGAGACAGCGCUGGGCCCAGAGGCGGCUGCUGCCGACACCAUCACCAUCGCAACCCCUGAGAGCCUGACAGAACAGGUGGCCAUGACACUGGCCUCAGCCAUCAGCGAGGGCACUGUGCUUGCCACCCGGGCAGGGGCGAGUGGCACUGAACAGGCCACUGUGACCAUGGUGUCAUCAGAGGACAUUGAGAUCCUGGAGCAUGCAGGCGAGCUGGUCAUCUCCUCACCAGAGGGCCAGCUGGAGGUGCAGACGGUCAUCGUCUAGCAUGAGGUCUGCGGGGUCCUGGCCAUGCAGGGACAGGGCAGAGGACCUGAGCGCCCUACCCAUGCCUGCCUGGCCUGGUAGAGAAGAUGGCACAGAAUGGAGGCGCCCCAAGGUGGGCAGUGUACAUAAGAGUUUCUUGUUGCUUUACAAUAAAACAUGAGAACCUGCA